AUGCCGCAACCUCUUAAUUCGAAAGAGGCUUCCCUCUUUCGCGCCGUCAUCCGCGCCUAUGAGGACAAGCAGUACAAGCGCGGUCUCAAGUCCGCCGACCUCAUCCUCAAGAAGAACCCCAAACAUGGGGACACAAUGGCCAUGAAGGCCCUGAUCAUGAAUGCGCAGGGUAAGACAGAGGAGGCUUUUGCUCUGGGCAAGGAGGCUUUGACGGUGGACAUGAAGUCGCACAUCUGCUGGCACGUCUACGGUCUGCUGUACCGCGCCAACAAGAACUUCGAGGAGGCUAUCAAGGCGUACAAGUUCGCUCUGAAGCUCGAGCCCGAGUCAACGCAGAUCCAGCGCGAUCUUGCCAUUCUUCAGGUGCAGAUGCGCGAUUAUGCCGGAUACAUCUCAAGCCGCACUGCCAUGCUGCAGGCCCGUCCCCAGCUGCGCCAGAGCUGGACUGCGCUGGCUAUCGCUCACCACUUGUCAGGUGACCUGUCCGCCGCCGAGAACGUCCUUACCACCUACGAGGGAACGCUCAAGUCCACGCCCUCCCGUAGCGACUACGAGAACUCCGAAGCCGUCAUGUACAAGAACACCAUCAUUGCCGAGCAGGGCGACUACCAGAGAGCCCUCGAGCAUCUUGAGAGUGCCGCUAAGCAUAAUCUUGAUAGGCUCGAGUAUUUGGAGCUGCGCGCCAAGUACCUGGUCAAGCUGGGCAAGAAGGAGGAGGCUAUUGCCGCAUGGCAGGCUCUUGUUGAGCGCAACGCUGACCGUCCUGCUUACUUUGAGGGUCUGGAAAGCGCCCACGCCUUUUCUGACAGUGAUGCGGCUGCUAGGAAGGAAAUUUAUGAGAAGUACGCCAAGAAGUUUCCCCGCUCAGAUGCUCCUCGCCGCCUACCCCUGAACUUCUUGUCUGGUGAUGACUUCAGUGCUGCGGCAAAGGAGUACUUGACGCUCAUGUUCAACAAGGGUGUUCCGUCGACUUUCGCUAACCUGAAGCACUUGUACUCCGACUCUGCCAAGAAGGAGGCCCUCGAAGCCCUCGCCCAGGACUACCUCAAGUCGAGCUCAAACACGGAAGCAACCAACGGCGAUCGCUCAAAGGGAGAGGCCGCAGCUCUGUACUUCCUUGCCCAACACUAUAAUUACCACCUCAGCCGCGAUCUCACGAAGGCUCACGAGUACGUCGACAAGGCAAUCGAGAAGGUCCCCGACAGCGUCGACUUCACCAUGACCAAGGCUAGGAUAUGGAAGCAUCAGGGCAACCUCCAAAAGGCAUCUGAGACUAUGGACAAGGCACGCACUUUGGAUACCCGCGAUCGUUACAUCAACACCAAGGCAGCCAAGUAUCAGCUGCGCAAUAACGAGACUGAGCAGGCGUUGAAGACUGUGGGCCUCUUUACUAGGGCAGACACCGUCGGUGGCCCUCUCGCGGAUCUCCUGGAUAUGCAAUGCGUCUGGUUCCUUACCGAGGAUGGUGAGGCGUAUGCUCGCCAGGGUGAUGAUGCCUUGGCCCUCAAGCGCUUCCACACGGUUCACAACAUCUUCGACGUCUGGCAAGAAGACCAGUUCGAUUUCCACAGCUUUUCCCUGAGAAAGGGCCAGAUUCGUGCCUACGUAGAUAUGGUCCGUUGGGAGGAUCACCUUAGAGAUCACCCCUUCUACUCACGAGCCGCUUUGGACGCCGUCGCCAUUUACCUCAGGAGAGCCGACCGCCCCGCAGCGAACGGCGUCAACGGUGACGCAAACGGCGACGAUGCCUCUGAGAGAAAGAAGGCUGCGAAGAAGGCCAAGAAGGAGCAACAGCGCCUGGAGAGGGAGGCGGCCGAUCGUACGGCGAAGCAAGAUCCUAAUAAGGGCAAGCCCGCCAGCGAAGAGCCCAAGAAGAAGGACGAGGACCCUCUCGGUCUGAAGCUUUUGGAGGCCGAGCCCCUCAGCGCGGCGAUGCGAUUCGUCACCCCUCUUCUGCAAUUCAGCCCGCAAAACAUCAACGCCCAAUUCGCCGGUUUCGAUGUUUAUCUGCGCCGAAAGAAGUACGUUCUUGCGCUGCGUUCUCUCAACGCCGCCCGCGCACUUGAUGCUUCGCACCCCGGUGUCCACGAGCGCGUUGUCGAGUUUGCUCACGUUGUACGCCCGGCACUCGAGAGCUUGCCCGCAAAGGUGCAAGAACUAAUCAAGUCCGAGUUCACUCCCCCUGCCGGUGACUUGAAGAAGUACAACGAAGAGUUCCUCUCGGACAACAAGGCCAAGCCCACUCACAUCGUCGCGGCCCUGAAGACACGGAGAGUGCUUGGAGAAGACAGCGCCAAGGCCGAGGCCGACCUUGCGAACGUCGUCAAGGCUCCCGAUGCCACCUUUGAGCUUGCCACUGAGGUGUACAACCUCUUGAAGGCGUGGAGGAGCACUGAGGCGGAGACACUCAAGAAGGAGGCGCACGCGAGGUGGCCUGAAGUAAGCCUCUUUGCCUAG